AUGGGAGCACCCAAAACGAGCAGAUCAAAUGUGGACACCGAAUCGAAGCGGGCUGCAAGCCUGGCCCGCAAGAGAGCCCGGGACAGACGGGCACAGCAAGCCAUGCGAGAUCGGGCCAAAGGCGAGGUGGAAACGUUGAGGAAACAAUUUACUGAGUUGAUGCACCACCUGACCGAGCGCGAGGGCAGCUUCUCCCGGGAUUUGUUGCGAUGCAUGGACGAGAAUGAUGAGCUGAGGCGACAACUGGCCGAAUUGAGACAGAAGAAGGCUCGAUCCGAUCUUCUGCCCGACCCAGCAGGCAUGAUCCGGUGGAAAAGAACGAAUUCCUUCUGUGUCGACUUCUCUGUCCUGGCCGCUUUAGCAUCGCCCGAUCUAGUGUCCUCGCCAUUCUCGCCGCCUCUGGAAACCGCCACAGCCCUGGCCCCCUCCCCCUGGGACAGUCACUCUCAAUCGCCGACGCUACCUCUAGGACAGGGACGGGAAGCCGACCGUCUCCAGCUGCCCUUGCACGUUCCACCAACUUGCCCCAGCGACCGAAUCAUGCAGCCUUUCAUCCACGAAACACAGCUGCUGGUGCGAGAGAUUCCGACAGGUGCCACAUCAGCAUCAGCAUCAGCAUCAACAGCAUCGUGGAAAUCGACUUCCCCCGCCUCGCUAGCGGUAAUCCAAACUGCCAUCACGAGAGUUGCCGGCGACGUUCUCUUAACAUACCCUCAAAUUGACACACUCCCAAAGAAACUUGCCUGUCUCUAUGUCAUAUCGACCGUGUUGAAUUGGCUUAUCUACGGGACCCAUGAGUCCUUUGAACGAAUGCCACGCUGGCUCCGUCCCACCAAGACUCAACUCGAGGUCCCGCACCCGGCGUGGAUUGACCGUAUACAGUGGCCCUACGUGCGCAAUUACCUGAUCAAUAACUACCGCCAAGUCACUUUUGACGACUAUUCGGAUGCCUUUUCCCUCGCCUUUUCCGUGAACUGGCCCUACCCGGACAACACGCUUGUCCUAGAGGACACUGGGCCAGGCCUAGCCUCGAAGCGGUACUUCUUGAACCCGGUCUUCGAGGCGCACAUCCGCGACCUGAACAAUUGGAUUGUUGGACCGCGGUAUUGGCAGGUCUACGCAGACCUGCGUGGGGCGUACGACAGUAGUAGAAGGGAUUUUGGGAAUCGUGCGACUUCGCCCUCCUCCUCAGGCCCCUUCUCUUUCUCUGUGCCAUAA